AUGUCUCUUGCAGCUUCCGCACCUGUUGCUUCCACAAAACAAACAGUAGCUGACAUCCCUCGACCUUGUGUAAAAUUUCCUCCCAGCAUUUGGGGUGAUGCUUUCCUUCAAUAUGAUUCACAAUCAUUGGAAGUCGAUGACAAUAUGAAGCAACAAAUGCAAAUGCAAAUGCAAAAUGAAGAAGUGAAGAAGAUGUUUCUAUCUUCAAGCAAUAAUAAUAUCUUACAAAAGCUAAACUUCAUUGACUCAUUGCAACGUUUAGGUGUCUCUUAUCAUUUUCAACAUGAAAUUGAUAAAUCACUAAAGCAAAUUCACAAUACAUUUACAAAUGAUAACUCCAUCGAAGAAGAAAGUUGCCUUCACUGUCUUGCAUUACUAUUUCGUUUGCUUAGGCAAGGAGGAUAUCACAUUUCAUCAGAAAUAUUUAACAAAUUCAAGAACAACCAAGGAAACUUCAACGAAAAAGUUGCCAAAGAUGUACAAGGAAUGUGGAACUUGUUCGAAGCUGCACAACUAAGGGGUCAUGGGGAAGAUAUACUCGAUGAAGCACUUGAUUUCACAUACAUUCACCUUAAAUCCUUGAUCAAUCAGUUGAGCCCAUCCCUCGCUGCGCAAGUAAGUCAUUGCUUAAGUAAACCUCUUCACAAGGAAAUUCCUAGGUUGAAGGCAAGGCGUUACAUGCCCUUUUAUGAAGAUGAUCCUUCACACAGCAAAGCUCUUCUCAACUUUGCAAAACUAGAUUUCAAUCUGCAGCAGAAAUUGCAUCAAAAAGAAGUAUGCAAUAUCACCAUGUGGUGGAAAAGAUCAGACUUUGGAACAAAAGUCCCUUACGCUAGAAAUAGGGUGGUUGAGGCUUACUUCUGGCCAUUGGCCAUGUCCUAUGAACCUGAAUAUAGCGUUGCCAGAACAAUAGUGGGAAAAUUGGUUGGAUGCAUCUCUCUUCUAGAUGAUACAUAUGAUGCCUAUGGCACAGUUGAAGAACUUGAAGUCUUCACACAGGCAAUCCAGAGAUGGGAUAUUAGUUUCAUUCAAUCUCUUCCAGAGUGUAUGAAAGUGGUAUUUAGUGCAAUUGUAGAACUAUGGGAUGAAAUAGAGUUGGUUACUGCAGAGGGUGGAAAAUCAAGCAUUGUGUUGAACUGUAUUAAAGAAGCAUUUUCUGACUUGGCAAAAGCCUACUUCGUUGAAGCAAAAUGGUGCCAUGAGGGCUAUAUUCCCACAUAUGAUGAGUACAAGGUUAAUGGAGCUGUAAGUUCUACAUGCCCACUUCAGAUAGUAGCGUUUCUUCUUCUGGGAAAAUUUUCAACCCAAGAGGUGAUUGAUUGGAUUUUGUCCUAUCCAAAAAUCAUUAAAGCUGUUUCAGUUAUUGGCAGAUUUGAGGAUGACUUAUCGUCACAUAAGUUUGAACAACAAAGAGUGCAUGUUGCUUCAGCAGUUGAAUGUUGCAUGAAGCAAUAUGAGAUUUCACAAGAAGAGGCUUCUAAACUCAUUCGCAAAGACAUUGAAGAUUUAUGGAAGGUUAUAAAUGAAGAGUGCCUUGAGUCAAAUCACAUCCCAAGGCCCGUGCUUGAGUGUAUUCUUAAUUUGGGGCGUGUAACUGAGUUUACGUAUGAUAACUUCAUGGAUAAAUACACAAAUGCGGAACUACUGAAAGUUCAUGUCGUGGAUCCAAUAAGCAUCGAGCAACACGACUAG